AUGGCCUCCCGGCGCCUAGCAUUCAAUUUCAACCAGGCUCUCCGGAGCCGGGCUGCUCUGAAGUCCAUCCAGCCCGUCAAGCGAGGCUUCUCUUCCCCGGUCACCCUCCCAUCCACCACUCAGUCGACCACCCUCUCUAACGGAUUCACGAUCGCUACUGAGUACUCCCCAUGGGCCCAGACCUCGACUGUUGGCGUGUGGAUCGAUGCCGGCAGCAGGGCAGAGACUGACAAGACCAACGGAACGGCGCACUUCCUUGAGCACCUUGCUUUCAAGGGCACCAACAAGCGCAGCCAGCACCAAUUGGAGCUUGAGAUCGAGAACAUGGGCGCUCACCUGAACGCCUACACAUCGAGAGAAAACACCGUUUAUUACGCCAAGGCCUUCAACAACGAUGUUCCCAAGGCCGUUGAUAUCCUCGCCGACAUCCUUCAGAACUCCAAGCUCGAGCCCGGUGCUAUUGAGCGUGAGAGGGACGUGAUCCUCCGUGAGCAGGAGGAGGUUGACAAGCAGUUCGAGGAGGUUGUCUUCGACCACCUUCACGCCACCGCUUACCAGAACCAGCCCCUUGGUCGCACCAUCCUCGGCCCCAAGGAGAACAUCCAGACCAUCUCCCGCGACAACCUGGUCGACUACAUCAAGACCAACUACACUGCUGACCGCAUGGUCCUUGUUGGUGCCGGUGGUAUCCCUCACGAGCAGCUCGUCCGCCUCGCCGAGGAGCACUUCGGCAGCCUCCCCAGCAAGCCCCCUACCUCUGCCGCUCUCGCUCUCACCGCUGAGCAGAAGCGCACCCCCGAGUUCAUUGGAUCCGAAGUGAGACUCCGUGAUGACACCAUCCCUACUGCUCACAUUGCCCUCGCCGUCGAGGGUGUCAGCUGGAAGGACGAUGACUACUUCACUGCCCUCGUCGCCCAGGCCAUUGUUGGCAACUGGGACCGUGCCAUGGGCAACUCUCCCUACCUCGGCAGCAAGCUCAGCUCCCUCGUUGAGCACCACGGCCUUGCCAACAGCUUCAUGAGCUUCUCCACCAGCUACAGCGACACUGGUCUCUGGGGUAUCUACCUGGUCUCUGAGAACCUGACCGCCCUCGACGACCUCACUCACUUCGCCAUGCGUGAAUGGUCUCGCCUGUGCUUCAACGUCACCUCCGCCGAGGUUGAGCGUGCCAAGGCUCAGCUCAAGGCUUCCAUCCUCCUCUCUCUUGACGGCACCACUGCCGUCGCCGAAGACAUUGGUCGCCAGAUCAUCACCACUGGCCGCCGCCUCUCCCCCGAGGACAUUGAGCGCACAAUCGGCCAGAUCAGCGAGAAGGAUGUCAUGGACUUCGCCAACCGCCGCAUCUGGGAUCAGGACGUCGCUGUGAGCGCCUUCGGCAGCGUUGAGGGUCUCCUCGACUACAACCGUAUCCGCGCGGACACCACCCGUAACACCUUGUAA